CGCGUCUGUUGUAUGACGACGUUUCGUUGCGGGGUUUCGCCCGGAGGUAGUUCGGCAGACCUUCCUCGUCAACCUCAACAAGAUUGCUCUCAUCUCAUGUAUAUGGAACUAGUCCUAUCGAUAGGUCCAGCUGGGACUCCAACAACUUAAAUGUUGACAUCGUGGUACUCUUCAAUACACAAUCGUUUCUUAUUGAUGUUCACAUGUGAGCACAUCGAGCCUUACUUUGCAGGUGUCGGGAUGACAUGGCCCGAUGCAACGCUAGUCCAGUCUCGGUUGCUCGGGUACUCCUUCCACAAUGUGCAGUGACGUGGAUUCAUCGGCCCAUGUCUGGUCGUGUUGCGACAGGUUCGGCCUUCACUAUGAAUGCAUUGCUUGAGAGCGGAAGCUUGAGCAGGACAGUGUGCAAGCUGUGUCGUCAAAGAAAGACGCGGUGUAAUCGCCAUUUACCCAAGUGCGACAGUUGUCUGAAGGCCGGGGUCAACUGCCAGUAUGUGAAGGAUAAAUCGCGGCCAGGUCUGAGGGCUGGCUACGUUUCCGCACUGGAGGAAAGGCUAAACGUGCUCGAGAAGGAAGUGCAAUUGCUGAAAGCUCAUCGCUGUCCGCAUACGACCAUCGUCGGGAAUCGCGGGAAUUUGCACGCAGGUUCUUUGCCUGCACCUAUUCUUGAAGCUCAGGACGACUUACCGAUAUAUCAUGAUCCUUUAUCACCGCCAGGACCAGCUCCUACUGCUGGUCCCAGUCUGUUGGGGACAAUGGCGCGGCCGAUGCAGUUCGAUCCACUGCGGCCAAGCGUUAUCGAUGAACAUUGCGCAGUGUGGUUCGGAAGAUAUCACCCAUGGUUCCCUAUCCUGCAUCAGCCAUCUCUUCUCGAAGCUCUGCAGGUGUCGGCUAAUGUCAAAGAAACACCAUAUCUCCCCAUCUUGAAAGCCAUCAUAGCCGUCACCAUUAGUCAAGACUUCUGUUCUGAUGGACUAUCAAAAGAACGAUGUCGUGAAAUAUCGGACGAGCUUCGCAACCAAGUUGUCAUGGAAGCCGUGAACAACCUUUCAUUGCGGCCGUUGCAAGCGAUUCUGAUAAUUUGUAAUCUUGAAUACGGCGCCGGACGCCUGAAAGAGCAUUGGAACUUAGUUGCUCUAGCAAAGCGUAUGGCGAUUCAGCUUGGGCUGAGGGACUUAGUAGCCCACCAUUGCGACAAUUUCAAUCGCGUCUCUACACUGCCUCCACGUAUGCUUCCCCUUCCCGACUCUUUGGUGGAUAGGGAAGAAAAGAUACGGGCAUACUGGAUGGCUGAAGUGCUUGAUGGUGCUUCCACUGUCGGAGCGGCUUGGAAUAUCACUAUCUCCCAACCAGAGGACGAUGGCCUGCUUCCGUGCAGCGACGCUGCUUGGGCUUUUCCGGAAGCUGUAAUCAGUGCAUGGCCGUUCGACGAUCUCGCAAUGUCAUCGACCUAUUCGCUCUAUGUGAUGCUUGUCACAAAUGAGCUCUACCAUGUCCAUCACUUUCUGCAACAGUCCUACGAUCUGCAGCUUGCUGAUGAACGAGCUCGUAGACGAGAGAAUUGCCAAAUUAUUGACGAGGGCCUCAAAGACUGGCGAGCUCGCUUUGCUGCUACCCAGUUGCAGUUCAAUACUGAUAUUGAUGAUCACUACGACCCGAACACUACUCUUAUUCAAUGUGUUUUGGACCUAGCCACGAUAUCGCUAUAUCAGGGCCUCAUCUUCCCACCGCUCGAAGGAACUCCAGGCACAUGGAACCAUGCCAUACGGCGCUGUCUAGAGGCCUGCGAUAGCAUGACGAACCUUUUGCAAGAUGUUUUAGACACAGACCUAGAGAACAUGAGUCCACUUAUCAUACAAUGCAUCUUCGUUGCGGCAAGAUUUUGCAUCCUUCAUGCGAAGAUAUUCGACAUUGAACCUUCUCACAAAAUAGCGUUUUUUCCAAUUAAGCUUGAAGUCUGUGGACGGCGUUGGCCGUAUGCGCAGCGACUUCUGAAAGUUUUGAGAACAGCGGUCGCAAGCUAUGAUCCAUCGAAUGGAACAGCGACAACCAUCCCUGUCCAAUUUUACGACUUCAUGUACGCCUACCUAGACAUUGAUGAAGCAAUUCGAAUUUGGGCAGAAGGUUCGGAGACGUAAGUGGGCGAACACGACUGGUCAAUUUA